AUGGAGCCAUUUCGCGUGCGCCUCAACUGUAUCGAUCAUUACCAGGCGACCGCGUCGGACCUGGAUCCCCCGCUGCCUUUUCGUGAUGGAGAAUCCGAGAAAGGGUUCAGACCGAGAGUUCCCGUGAUUAGGAUAUUUGGAGCCACUGAAACGGGCCAGAGGGUUUGUGUUCAUGUCCAUGGCGCAUUUCCAUACCUCUACAUCGAAUACAAUGGGUCUUUGGCGGCGAAUGAAGCUAACUCGGCCAUCCGGAUGCUUCAUCUUUCUAUUGAUCACGCUCUGGCGGUCAGCUUCCGCCAAAAUGCAUAUGAUAGGAAGAUAGCCUAUGUGGCGCAUAUCACAUUGGUGAAAGGAGUCCCAUUCUAUGGAUACCAUGUUGGAUGGCGUUUCUUCUUCAAAGUUUACCUAUUGAACCCCUUCCAUACCACCCGCUUGGUCGAUCUUCUGCACCAAGGAGCCGUGAUGAAACGCCCUCUGCAGCCGUACGAGGCGCAUGUGCAGUACAUCCCGCAAUGGAUGUGCGACUACAACUUGUACGGAUGUGCAGUCAUGAAUUGCAGCAAGGUUCGAUUCAGAGGACCGCUACCCGAGUAUCUGGAGCUCAGCAAUCUCAACCACCGUUGGCAUGACCGCUCAGUUUCGGCCGACGACAUACUCGACCAUCCUGCUCUGCAGAAGCAAAGCCACUGUCCUUUGGAAGUUGAUGUAUGUGUGCAAGAUAUCUUGAAUCGUGCCGAUAUCAAAGAAAGACCCCUGCAUCACGACUUCACAGAGCUCUUGAAACCAGCUGUGGUGGACGAACGACUUGUCCCAAGCAUGGCUGGACUGUGGCAAGAUGAAACUCGUAGGCGAAAAAAGAGAAUGGGUAUUAAAGACCCAGGAAGCACUCCAUUUGGUCCUGACGAGUUGGUCUCAAUGUCGGCUGACCCAAGAAAUCAAUCGAGAGGUGGCUGGGUCCACGAGGAAGAAUUUCGCGAGAUGGAAGCUCGACUCGCUGCAGAAGAGAAGCGAGACGAUAACAACACAGAGACAUCGUUUGAGACAUUUCUGCAUCGCCGGGAUUUUGCGGAGAAUGUCAAGACCGCGCUGGAUAGCGUCGAAGAUUUUUUCCCAGACAAAGUUGGCGCUUCAAAUUUUGACGAUGCUUACCACCAAGGACCGACUCGGCAGAAGACCCCGGAAAUUUCAGUCGAUGAGGGCCUCGCCUUGUCUUCCCAAGCUGACUGGCAGCAUGGCUUGGACUCCGACCAAGAAGAUGGGCCCCUAGACGAGGAAACCGAACCAGAAGACGAGUCUAAAGAGAACCCGUUGGGUGAAAGCUUUUAUGACGGGGUCUUUGACGACUUGACGAUCCCAGAUAUAGUGUUUUCUGUGGACCGUGCGGCGCAGCCAGGUGAAGUCGAUAAAGCUCAACAGCAGAGUAAAACUAUUGUCCCUAAAAAGCUCUUCUUUGACACACCCGAGGAAGACCGUCCGUCUGGAAAGAAGCGAAAGCAUUCAACAGACCACGACCUCUCUGGUGGACACACGGAUUUGAGGAAAUCCCAACAAGACAACAAACAAAAGAGUGUCUCCUUUGAAAGUAACCUGCAUGCACAUGCGGGUACUCCAUCAUCGACACCGAAUUCUUCUUCAUCGCAACGGACAAUCCGCCCCAAGGCGCAUAGUUAUACCAGCGGGCUGAAGUUCCCAGUGGUGAAAGAUCCCAAUGACGCCCUGACGAUAUCACGGUAUAGCCAAGAGGAUGGCCACACCAAAAAAGGCAUUGAGUCUUCUCAGUCCUUCGGCUCAUUUCCCUCUGCAUCGGCCACAGAUCCAUCAGGCAUAGCCAGUUUGGGUGGGAGCUCCUCUGAGCUACACUCAUCUGCAACGGCGAUGGGCCUAAACUUGCUUGAUCCACACCUUGCUGAGACCAUGAGACUAGCUCAUCAGUCAUUCAACUUCGCGCCGGGCGCAUCGCUUCGUUGUUUCAAAGCCUCUGGGCCAAGUUCCAGUGAGGUUGCUUCGACGAUGCAUGAUUAUGGACGUCCUUCGAUGGUGUACCAAAAAGCAUAUUACAGCGAUGAGGCAGAUGUUCCCGAAAGGCCGAGAGAAUAUGGCGGCAAAGAAUUCCGGCUUGAAAGUAACACUAUCCACUACCUCCCUGAUUUCGACCCAACAGCAGAGAUGCCUGCGGUAUUUGGCGAGCACACGCCAAUCACUUUCGAACAAGACCACCAAGCAGGUAUUGACCAGAGUCUUAGAGAAAGCUGCACUGCUAGAGUCUGGGAAUUUGCACCUGUUCCGCCAAGCCGCUCAGAGGUUGUCCAAUGGUUUGACGAAAUACAAGCACAAUCGGACACAAUAGACCAUAUUCAAUCGCGGCCCGUUGAAGCGAAGCACGAGAUAUGCUCGCAGAUCGAAGGCCCUACACAGAAGAACACACAGGGCUUCAAAUAUUCGCAAAAGGGUGUGUCUACAAGCGUGGAACACCAAGCCCAGCAUAUGAGCACUAUGAGCAUGGAAGUGCAUGUGAACACACGCGGCACUCUCUUCCCCAAUCCCGAGGAGGAUGAGAUCACUUGCAUGUUCUGGUGCAUCCAGUCCGAGGACGAGGAAGUCGAAGUCAACAGUCAUCUUCCAGGUGUUCAUGUCGGCAUGGUAUACCACGGAGAAGGCGAGAGGCCAGAAGCCAAGAUAACCAAAACUUUGAAAAUGGACGUCGAGCAUGAGCCUUCGGAAUUGGAUCUCAUCAAUCGGCUUGUCGAUUUAGUUCGGUAUCAUGACCCGGAUGUCAUUACGGGAUACGAGGUCCACAAUGCUUCUUGGGGAUACGUGAUUGAACGAGCUCGGAAGAAGUAUGAUUUUGAUAUCUGCGAGGAGCUUUCGAGGACAAAGUCUCAAUCCAAUGGAAGAUUUGGCAAAGAGGCUGAUCGGUGGGGAUUCGACCACUCAUCGUCAGUGCGCAUCACUGGUCGACACAUGUUCAAUAUCUGGCGCGCCAUGAAAGGCGAAUUGAAUCUAUUGCAGUAUACCAUGGAGAACGUUGUUUUCCAUGUCCUACACCGUCGCAUCCCGCACUACUCGCCUCAAGUCUUGACACAAUGGUACCAGAGCGGCAUGCCUCGCAAUAUGCUCAAAGUUGUGGACUACUUCUCCUCGCGGGUGCAGAUGAACCUUGAAAUCCUCGAAGCCAAUGAAUUGACACCGAGGACAAGCGAGCAAGCAAGAUUGCUAGGCAUCGAUUUCGCAUCUGUGAUUUCGCGAGGAUCCCAGUUCAAAGUUGAGUCUUUGAUGUUCCGGAUCGCAAAACCUGAGAAUUUCCUGCUUGUAUCUCCGAGUCGAAAGCAAGUGGGACAGCAAAACGCACUGGAAUGUCUACCUCUAGUCAUGGAACCGCAGAGUGACUUUUACACCAGUCCUGUCCUGGUGCUUGACUUCCAAUCACUGUACCCGAGUGUCAUGAUUGCUUACAACUACUGCUACUCCACAUUCCUGGGCAGAGCGAUGCACUGGCGCGGCCGCGAUAAAAUGGGGUUCAUGGACUACAAGCGCCAGCCCAGACUACUUGAGUUACUAAAGGGCAAGGUCAACAUCGCGCCGAAUGGCAUGAUGUACGCAAAGCAAGAAGCCAGGCAAUCAUUACUGGCUAAAAUGCUCACUGAAAUUCUCGAGACUCGCGUGAUGGUCAAGAACGGCAUGAAAGCCGACAAAGACGACAAGGUCUUGCAACGGCUCCUAAACAAUCGACAAUUGGCACUCAAACUGAUCGCAAACGUGACAUACGGCUAUGCAUCAGCCUCAUUCUCGGGCCGAAUGCCCUGUUCCGAAAUCGCCGACAGCAUCGUCCAAACAGGACGAGAAACCCUCGAAAAAGCCAUUGCCUUCAUCCACUCAGUGGAAAGAUGGGGUGCAGAAGUAGUCUACGGCGACACAGACAGUCUUUUCAUACAUCUGAAAGGGCGAACCCGCUCCCAAGCCUUCGACAUAGGCGAAGAAAUCGCCCAAGCAAUAACAGAUCUAAACCCACGUCCCAUCAAACUCAAAUUCGAAAAAGUAUACCACCCCUGCAUCCUACUAGCCAAAAAACGCUACGUAGGCUUCAAAUACGAACACCGCAACCAGACCGAACCCGAAUUCGACGCAAAGGGCAUCGAAACCGUCCGUCGGGACGGCACACCCGCCGAACAAAAAAUCGAAGAAAAAGCCCUCAAAACACUCUUCCGCACAGCAGACCUCUCCCAAGUCAAAUCCUACUUCCAGCGCCAAUGCUCUAAAAUCAUGCAAGGGCGUGUCUCCAUCCAGGAUUUCUGUUUCGCGCGCGAAGUCCGUCUAGGCACAUACUCGGACAGGGGACAGAUUCCCGCCGGUGCAAUGAUCAGCACAAAGCGCAUGGUUGAAGAUCCGCGCUCUGAACCACAGACUGGCGAGCGGGUUCCGUAUGUUGUUGUUACUGGUGCGCCGGGGUCGAGACUCAUUGACCGGUGUGUGGCGCCGGGGACAUUAUUGCGUGAUGCGCAGCUGGAACUCGAUGCUGAGUACUACAUUACUAAGAAUUUGAUACCGCCUCUGGAGAGGAUAUUCAAUCUUGUUGGAGCGAAUGUGCGGCAGUGGUUUGAUGAGAUGCCGAAAGUGCAGCGGAUUCGACGGGUGGAUAGUUCGCGGAGUAUGGGCAGGAAGACAUUGGAGUCUUAUAUGCGUUCUUCGUCUUGUGUUGUUUGCCGGUCGAAAUUGACUGAUACCACUGUUCCUGUUUGUGUGGGGUGUUUGGGACAGCCGCAUCUUGCGCUCUUGGAUGUUGUUUCGCGGCUGCGACGUGCUGAGAAGAGGGUUGUGGAUUUGGAGGCUAUUUGUCGGUCUUGUAUGGGUGUUACAGCUGGUGAUGAGGUGAGCUGUGAUAGUUUGGACUGUCCUACUUUCUAUUCGCGCACGAGAGAUGCUGCUCAUUGGAGACAUUCGCAGGCCACGCUGGGUCCGGUGGUGGACUUGUUGGAGCGCCGAGGUGAUAGUCUGGAUUGGUGA